AUGGGCGGCCCAGCGAGGGCUCUCCUCGGUGGGUUCAGCACCACCAGUUCCUCCCUGGAGGUUGGAGGUCGGAUGGCUUGGCCGAGCAACAGCCCCCUGGACCUGAACCAAACCCUGCCAUGGGGGAUCGGGCUCGGAGGCAGCGGCGGGGCCGCGGCGGCCAUGAGUGCCGGUCUGGACAAUUUUACCCAGGAGUCUGUCACCAGGGCGGUGAUGAAAGAGAAAAACUGGCCGGCGCUGCUCAUACUCGUCAUCAUCGCGCUGACGGUCGGUGGCAACAUCCUGGUGAUCCUGGCAGUGUCGCUGGAGAAGAAGCUCCAAAACGCCACCAACUUCUUCCUGAGGUCGCUGGCGGUGGCGGACAUGCUGGUGGGCAUCCUGGUCAUGCCGAUCUCCCUCAUCAACAUCCUGUAUGACUACGCCUGGCCUCUCCCAAGCGCCCUGUGUCCGAUCUGGAUCUACCUAGACGUGCUGUUCUCCACCGCCUCCAUCAUGCACCUGUGCGCCAUCUCUCUGGACCGCUACGUCGCCAUCCGCAACCCCAUCGAGCACAGCCGCUUCAACUCCAGAACCAAAGCCAUGAUGAAGAUCGCCGCUGUCUGGACCAUAUCUAUAGGUGUGUCAAUGCCUAUCCCAGUGAUCGGCCUCCACAACGAGGACAAGGUCUUCGUCAAUGGCAGCUGCGUCCUUAACGAGGAGCGCUUCAUGCUGAUUGGCUCCUUCGUGGCCUUCUUCAUCCCACUGGUCAUCAUGGUGGUGACGUACUGCCUCACCAUACAGGUGCUCCAGAGGCAGGCCACUGUCUUCCUGUACGAGGCAAAGACUUCCUCCCAGCAGCCUUUGCACACACCAGCAAUGACAAAUACAGAGUUAAAGCCCCCGCCUCCUCAGAGCAGACGAAACACCUUGAGCUGUCUGAAAGGAGCCGAGCCCGGCAUACUGCUCAGUGCCUCCACGCCAGACAGCAUAAGCAUCAUCCCCAGCUCUGAGGCGGCAUCUCAGCUCAGCUCGCCAGCCGCGGGGCCAUCGCGCAGCGACACCUCAGGUUGCCACGGGCGACGGGGGAUGAUGCAGGCCAUAAAGAACGAGAGGCGGGCCUCCAAGGUCCUGGGAAUCGUCUUCUUCCUCUUCCUCAUCAUGUGGUGUCCCUUCUUCAUCACCAACGUCACCUUCGUCCUGUGCCGCGGCUCCUGCAACGAGUCGCUGCUCCACGACCUCCUCAACGUCUUCGUCUGGGUGGGCUACAUCUCCUCCGGAGUCAACCCUCUGGUCUACACCCUCUUCAAUAAGACCUACAGGAGGGCGUUCUCCAGCUACAUCAGGUGCCAGUACAAAGUGGGGGCCAACGCAGCUGGACAGAGUUGCAAAACCCUCCUGGUCCCCCCGCCGUGCCCGUCGCACGCCAUGACCCCUCUUCUGAUGGGCAGUCAUGGCAAAGCAGGCAUGGACAGCAACAGUAACUGUCGCAACGGCGGCAGGGGGGACAACGGGAGGCUGGCGGUGGACCCGGAGGACCUGACAGACGACGAGACACAAAUCGGAAUAGUGUCGCAGAGCCUCUCCGAAUGCCACAACGUCGGCAUGCUUUCGGAAACGGAGCCGGAAACGGAGGUGGAGCAGGAGCUGUCGCUCGUCAGCUACAGCCCCGCCUCCAGAGAACACACAAGCAGCGUGUGA